CAACUGCACCACCCGGUCGACCAACACAAUACCACUGUCAAAAGGGCGUCACCCCAUCAUUCCAACGCAAGAGUCCCGAUGGAGACGCCCAGCACGAGCGCAUUCGAAGUGCUCUCCGCCCACGACGAGCCAAAGGAGGCUGUCACGCCCCGUCGGCGCUGGCCGUGGAUCGUCGCCACAGUAAUCCUUGCAAGCAGCACUCUUGCGCUCACCAUCGCGCUCUGCACGCAAGCCGAGGCGACCUCAGGACGUGUUACGGCGACGAUUCUUAUGGUCGGCGACUCCAACACGGAGCUCGCGGCCAACCCCACAACGCAAGGCUUCCAAGCGCUCCUCUCGUACGAUUACAGUCGAACCGCUGACGUGAUUAACCGCGGCGUGAGCGGGUUCACGUCCAGUCUCUGGGUUGCACGCCUCGAUCAGCUCAUCGCCGAGUGGUCGCUGAAGCCACCGAGCCUAAUCACGAUCAUGAUCGGCACCAACGAUGCUGCGCUUCCGAACUCGACGCUGCAUGUGCCGAUCGAAACGUAUGCCGCCAACCUUCGCACGCUGGUGCAGCGCCUCGGCUCGUCGUUUGCCAGCACCAAGUUCAUCCUCCUGACGCCACCCGUCGUCGAGAGCUCGGCCCACUGGAACUACGUUUUUCAAAACAGCGCCGCAGAAGCGUACGCGAAUCGCUGCAAGCAAGUCGCAAGUGAUCUUAACGUGCCCGUCAUCGACCUCUGGACGCCGCUGCAAGGCGUACCCGAUGUGCUCUACGAUGGCCUCCACUUGACAACGACGGGCAAUGUGUUCGUGCACCAGCAAUUGCUCGCUACGAUCGAGGCGUCGUACCCGGAGCUCGCCCCCACCAAGCUGUCGCGCGCAUAUAGUAACAUGCCUUGAAUAUAGCAAGUUGUUUCUUGGUGACGAAAGAUGAAC